GGUAAAAAUUUCCUCAUGAGAGAAUUCCUUGUUCUACCAGACUCAUAUUCAUGAAACAUUGCAGAAACCUGCAAUUUUACAUCCCGUACAAAAUGCAUCCACUUCCGAUAUUCCCAGCAGGAUAUUUCAAUUUUUUUUUAUUUUUUCAUUUCAACAGAACAACACAGUAUGCCAAACACCAACCCAUUUCAGCUGGCAUUGUUUCUAUAUAUUGAUAUCAAGUGCAGGCCGUAUAUGGGUCAGUAAUGUUUCAAUGAACUACCCUAUUAUGCCACAGAAACACAUUUCGGGCAUGACAUUGAAGAGAGGAGAUCCCAACAAAAGGUACAACACGAAUGUCUUCCUCUUGACACUUCAAGUACCCUUAUAUCUGCCUCAAUCUAGAAUCAAAGUUGAGGAAUUCUGUAAGAACCAACUUAGAGUAUAGAUUUGUCGGUCGAUAUUUAUUUUAGAUUUACGAAAUCUACGUGUCUAUAGAUGUUGAUUUUUACCAAGUGUACCACAUGCAACUGCAGCCUAUGGUAACGCCAGAUGUCCAUAAUCCUGUAAUGAGCUGAUUUUCCAUGGAGGUGAUGUAACUUCUUAUCGUUCGGAAGUCAAGAAUCUGAAUUAGUGUUUUUUCAUAUAUAUAUAUUUUCAAGUUAGUAGAGACAUUUUUUGCCUCAUGGAUUCGACGAUGGAGAUUUCUACUAAUUCUGUAGAAAGAUUGAGACGUGGUACAAGGAAGAAAGGAGGCCUCAUCACAGUGCCUUUUAUCAUAGCAAAUGCGGGAUUUGAAAGAGUGGCAACUACAGGCGCUCAAACAAACAUGAUCCUGUACCUGACAGGUCAGUAUCACUUUGAUAGUGCCACUGCUUACAACAUCCUGUUCUGGUGGGGAGCCAUAACAAAUUUCUUGCCUACACUUGGGGCUUUUCUUUCUGAUUCUUGCUUGGGACGAUUCCGGGUGAUUGCCAUGGGAUCACUUGUUACUCUUGCUGGACAGACAGCACUUUGGUUAACAGCCAUACUUCCCAAGGCAAGACCACCUUAUUGCGAGGACGAUCCAAACAAUUGUGUGAAGCCAAACUCAUGGCAGCUUUUGCUUCUCAUUUCAGCAUUCGGGCUCCUGUCAAUAGGAACCGGUGGGAUACAGCCAUGUUCAUUGGCUUUUGGAGCAGAUCAAUUUGAUGACCCUGACAACCCGGGAAACGGGAGGAUCUUACAGACUUUUUUCAAUUGGUAUUUUGCAUCUCUUGGUGUAGCGGUCAUGAUUGCUUUGACUGUUAUUGCAUACAUCCAGAAUAACCAUGGCUGGGGCCUUGGGUUUGGGAUUCCUGUAUUGCUCAUGCUUAUCUCAACCAUCAUUUUCCUAUUGGGUUCUAAACUCUAUGUUAAGAUCAAGGCAGAUAAGGGCUUGAUGGCAGGUUUUGCUCAAGUCAUGGCCGUGGCUUGGAAGAACAAACACCUAACUUUGCCUCCAAGUGAUUCCCAUGGAUUGUAUUAUCAUAGAAAGGAUUCAAAAAUCAUUCAUCCCACUCAAAGACUAAGGUUUCUAAACAAAGCUUGCAUGGUGACUGAUAAGGAAACUAAUCCAAAUCCUGAGGGUUCAAUUUCAGAUCCCUGGAAAGCCUGCACGGUCGAACAAGUAGAGAACUUGAAAGCUCUUAUUAAAGUAAUUCCCAUAUGGUCUACUGGCAUCAUUCUUGGAGCAACAUUAAGUCAGUAUCCUAUCUAUGUACAACAAGCAAGCACAAUGGAUCGGCGAAUUUAUGGAAAUGUCAAGAUCCCUGGAGCCACGAUGACUGUCUUUGCUGUUCUGAGUGUGGGAAUUUGGGUGACUGUCUAUGAUAGACUACUUGUUCCUCGAAUAGCUAAAUACACAAAGAAUCCACGAGGCCUUAGCUACGAGCAAAGGAUAGGAAUCGGAUUAUUCAUGUCUUGCAUUGCCAUGACAACCGUAGCACUGGUAGAGAGAAAGCGACGAAAUGUAGCAAUUAAACAAGGGGUGGCUGAGAAUCCAUUCGCAGUUGUGAACAUGUCAGUGUUUUGGCAAGUACCACAAUAUUGCUUGAUAGGAUUAGCUGAGGCAUUCAAUGCAAUUGGACAGACUGAGUUAUACUAUUCUCUUUUCCCUAAGAACAUGUCUAGUAUUGGUGUUUCUAUUCUUGCAUUGGGAUUCGCUGUUGGCAACUUGGUCGGAAGUUUCAUCGUGAUGGUUGUGAAGCGAGUUUCGGGGAGAGGAAAACACAUUGGUUGGCUUGCAAACAACCUUAACCAAGGCCACUAUGAUUACUACUUUUGGAUUCUGACCGCUAUGAGUGUGGUCAACUUUUUGUACUUUAUGUUGUUGAUCUUGUUCUGUAAUUCUUGCUCGGAUGAAGAGUUGAUAAGUGAUGAUGGAAAAGACAGAGCUGAAGAAACAAAGGAAGAAGAAAGUGCCAACAAUAGCCUAGGUAACUAUCACCAUGUUUAAAGCCCGAAGUAGGUGGAUGUGAUUGAUAUACAAGAUGAUUCAUUAUUACUAAUCCCCUUCUGGCCUUGUCCUAUUCAUUCCUCCUCAUGGUGUUUACAUGUUAAUGGUUAUAGCCGAUGACAGGAAAAGAAAAAACUUGAACUGUAGUUUGUGCAACCUGAAUUCGUUCCGCGAAAUGACUUUUAGUUACUAAGAUUACAAAAAUCAUAGGACAAGCAUUACUACCCCUAGCUAUCCCCAUAAGAGGUCAUGUUAUAAGACAAUCAAAAGAUCAAACUCAAGUUCAGUUCUCUCAUUGAGGUCGUGAAUGUUCCUACCAUGUGAGUUAAGGUUCGUUCUCAUGUCACGCCAAUAUUAUAAGUACGUUCUUAAGCAUAUAUAUAAUCAACCUAGAUUAAAAGAAACGUUAAAAACUCCAGAGAACCAAAAAGCACUGUGCACCUUAGAAUCGACUAAUCUACUCCUAAUCCUCGUAAUCUGUCUCUUCAUCAUCAUCGUCGUCGUCUCCAUUUCCGUGAUAUCCCCAUUUAUCCUCGAGUUCCUCUUUCUCGUCCUCUGUUUCUUCACUAUCAUCCCCUUCAUCAAAUGCACCAUUCAUUAACCUAGACUUUCCGGUUGCAAUGCUGUUACCAUUGGAGCUUUUAAGUUGAGGAGCGAUUUUCGCAGGAGGCGAUUUCAAAAUUGGCUUAGCCCUGUUUUGCUUCUGCAGCAUUUUCCCAUUCCCGGGAUUCACAGCCCGUGCAGCACCAUCAUCAUCGUGACUUGCUUCAGUAUCCACAUAUCUCCCAGCAACAGUUGAUUUGGCAUUCGCCUUCGCCUGCGUUCCAUCCUUAAAAUGAUGCCCGGGAUGCACACUUUUCAAAUGAAGAUUCAGCUUGUACGCAUGUAUGUAAGCUCUGUUCCCACACGACUCAUAUGGACAGACAAACGGGCGAUCCAAUGCCGGAGAGUUGUGAGUAACCGUGGAAGAUUUGGGAGUUUUAACCAGCUUCAGGUCAGGGAUCACCGGACUAUUAUUAUACAGGGGAAUUUGUAUUUGUACCUCAUUCAAAGCCUUAACAUGCUGGGAAGCGAUGUGAUUUCGAAGCUUGGAGUCCUGAGCAAAUCGCCUUCCACAACCUGGAUAAUGGCAAACAAAGUAAUUCUCCUGAGAAUGUGUUUUCAUGUGUGAUUUUAAAUUAAAAUCCAGGGAAAACGCCUUCCCACAGCCUGGAAAUGGGCACUCGAAUUCUCUCUUCCCAGUAUGAACUAACAAGUGCCUCUUCAAUUUUGACCUAUCCAAGAAUUUCCUCCCACAAUUCUCGUAAACGCAAUAGUACUGUCUCGGGCCGUGGAUCUGUGAAUGCUUCCUCAAUGCUCCGGCGUCCAUGAACGUUCUCCCGCAACCUUCGCUGCUACAGAGGAACAGAACCUCCGUCGUCGGUUCGGGUUCGGGUUCGGGUAAUUCCGGUGGUUUCUUCUCUUCGAUCGCCUUCAAUGUAGCUUCGCUGACCCAUUUUAAGAGCCGGCACUUUCCGCCGGAGGCGAUAUCUUGAGUCACCCAUUCUUUCACCCACUUGACCGGAGGAGAAGCCUCGGGCUUGACGACGGGCCGCCUGUCGAACAGAUUCCGACGCGUGUGCGCCGACGCCGACGCUUCCAUAUCCGCUGAAAAAAAUCGCGAUUUCGAUCACUCUAGUAAUAGUUGCAAAACAGAAAAUCGGGUCAAUUUUGACGAAAAAUUGAGAAGCUUUGAAACCCUAAAGAGUUGGUAUUUGGUAAUUUUGAUUAUUGGCUACUUUGAGGCGGAAUUCCCGACGGACGGUGAUGAUAGACAAUAGGGUUUUUUUUUUUUUUUUUUUCCUGUUUCUUUUUUGCUUUUUUGUUUUUU